ACUCCUCACCUUUUCCGUUCUUCACUACUCUACUGCUACUACUACUACUCACCUCUUCCGUUAACCCAAUGGAGUACGACGAUGAUUCCAAUUAUUCCUCCUCCUCCUCCUCGUCCUCCUCCUCCUCCUCCUCAUCCUCCUCCGUGGACCAUCUCAUUGUCAUGGUAAAUGGAACGGGUGGAAGUGCAAAAGAUUGGAUGUUUGCGACAGAGCAAUUUGUUACAGUGUUCCCGGAUAAGGUUUUUGUUCACCGUAGCAAACAGAAUGUAGGUAAGCUGGCAAAAGAUGGUGUGGACAUAAUGGGUGAGCGAUUGGCAAGAGAGGUCAUUGAAGUAAUUGAAAGAAAGUCAAAUCUGCAUAAAAUCUCCUUUUUAGCAUACUCGGUUGGAGGACUGGUGGCCGUGGCACGAUAUGCUAUUGGGCGGUUGUAUAAGACACCUGAAAUUGAACCUAUGCAGAACUCGAGCAAUGCUGAGAGUAACGCGGACUCAGUUGGUACAAUAUGUGGUUUACGGGUGAUGAAUUUCAUAACACUUGCCACACCUCAUCUAGGGUUAAGUGGCCAUAAGCAGUUGCCAAUUCUUUUUGGAAAAACUAAACUUGAGAAAAUUGCAAGAAAGAUUGCUUCUUGGACAGAUGGAAAAACAGGCCGUCAUCUUUUCCUUACUGAUGGCGCUGAGCAAAAAGAUCCCUUGCUCGUAAGCAUGGUUACUGACUCUAAUCAAUGUUAUUUCAUAUCUGUCAAGAAUUAUUCGCUUGAUGCCUUUCUCAUUGCUAUUUCUUGUAUAUAUAGAGGUUACAAGGUUAUACAGGUAAUUACACUAAAUAAUUACAUUUAAUGAGAACAAAUCAAUAUUUGAUUUGUUUUCCUUAUUCUAGAAACAAACUAAUAAUUAUAAUUAAGAGGACAAGUCAACUCCUUAUUCACAUCCCCCCUCAAAUUGAUGCGGCUGGUCAAUGAGCAUCAAUUUGCUAACAAGAAACUGAUGGCGUGGACGCGGAACAGCUUUGGUAAGAAUAUCUGCAACUUGGAACUGAGUACUGACAUGAGGAAGUGCUAUAAGUCGGUCAUCAUAGGCAUCACGAAUGGAAUGACAAUCAACUUCGAUAUGUUUUGUGCGUUCAUGAAAGACAGUAUUUGCAAUAAUUCUUGACACAAUAUUAUGUUGACAUCAUUGAUCUAAGUUUGUUGUUCAAUAAAUGUCAACUUCUUUUCUUUUUCUUUGCAAUACUGUUUUGGAUAUGACAUUAUUUACAUGACGAGUGCUACCCUAAUUUUCUCUUCGAUGAAUUUGCUUUUUUUUGUUCACUUAAUUAACAUCUAAUAUGGAAACCAUUCCUAAUAGAUCAUAUAGCAGUUCUGUCGAGUUACAUUGGAGACAGUGCGAGAUAUUUCUUUACACAUUUACGGGCAAACUUUAAAUUAUAGUGCGUAGUCAAACCACCAGAAAUAUGAAACAGUUUUGAGAAUGAUUCUGUCCUCUGAAAAUUAAAUGUUAUAUUGGACAAUAGAGUCUCGUGUCUUCUAUUUCUUCAUGUUCAAGUUGUAAGAUUUUUAACUAAAAUGAACAUAUUCAGAGGAGAUGCUAAAAGGUUUGUCGUCCGUGGCAUGGGAAAAAGUGGAUGUCAGCUUCAUCAGUGGCCUUGUUAAGUUUGAAGCUCAUAGCCUCAUCCAGGUCACACAUCCAUCCAGACAUAUAGAAGGCGCGGAUGUGAUCCAACAUAUGAUUGACCAUUUUCUUACCUAGUUUUUUGUUUCUAUAAUUCCUAAAAGAACCUGUUUAACUAGUUGUAUCUUAUGGACGUCAUUUAAAAGAACUUGUUUGACUAGUUGUGUAUCUUAUGAACAUGAUAGCUUUGGUUGUGUGUGAUAUUGACUAGUAUUUGGUUA